GCUGUGCGAUUCCAGGAUUAUCCCUUGAACAAGAUCCAGAAUAUGUACAAGGAAGAUUUCAGGAGCAUGAUUGAAGAGAAUAGGAACAGCAGUAACUCCUCCUCUGCCUUCACUCACACCAACACCAUGAGUGCCAUACUGAUUACUGCCUACUCAGUUGCCUUUGCUGGAGGUGGGAUUGGGUCCAUCACAAUGUCAUUUGUGCUGGUCACAAUGAACACUCUGUCCGUGACCACUACAGCCAUCAUUAAUCUGGUUGUUGUGCACAGCCUCCUCCUCUUCACGGUGCCCUUCCGCUUGCACUACUAUGUCAACAAGAAGUGGGUAUUCAAGAUGCCACUUUGCAAAAUCGUGAGUGCGAUGUUGCACAUCCACAUGUACCUGACCUUCCUAUUCUAUGUGAUCACGCUGGUGAGCCGGUGGCUCAUCUUCUUUCAGUGGAAGGACAAGGUGGAGUUUUACAGGAAGCUGCAUGCCAUUGCAGCAAGCACUGCCGUGUGGGUCUUCGUCAUGGUCUUCGUGGUGCCAGUCCUGUCCUUUGAGUAUGGACGCUCAGGCUCAUACAGUGAUACAACAUGCUUUAAGUUCCACAAAGAACUACAGCAUGAGAACGUGAAAGCCCUGAACUACACCAUAAUUGCAGUUGUUUCCUGCAUUACUUGUAUUCUCUUGGGCCUGCAGAUUUUCAUCCUAGUAAAAGUGGCGAGAAAACUUUCCACCUCCCUCUGGUCACACCAAGAGUUCUUGGCCCAGGUGAAAAACUUGAUUUUCAUCUGCGUCAUCAUAAUCUGUUUCCUUCCCUAUCACCUCUUUAGGGCCUACUACAUACAGCACGUGGAUGACUCUGGCCAGUUAGAAAGCUACAAUGAAGUUUUUUUGAGUCUGACUGCCCUCAGCUGUCUUGACCUGCUGUCAUUCAUGUUGAGCGGAAGCCGCCUGCUCAAGCAAAAGAUGGGCAUGCUCCGCAGCAGGUUGUCUUGCUGCUAG